CUCUAUUAUUAAAAAGCUCGGAAAGGCUCCGGUUCAAAUGACAGUAGGAGCCUCUCAUUGUGCAGCUCGGAGUGAAAGAGAGGCUUUGGCUCUGUGUGAUGAGAUGAAGACCUCAGAUGAAAUGGUCAGCAGCACCGAGGGCGCACGGAUUCCUCGCCUCGGCUCUGAGUAGACGACCUCCUACCGACACCCCGCCCGUCUGCUUGCCGUCUCCUCCCCUAAAACCCUUCCUGCGACCAACCCUUUGAGCGACUCUGGGCUUAAAAAAAUAGAGACUGAGAGAGAAAGUGUGAGUGAGAGAGAGAGAUAGCGAGAGCGAGAGCGAGCCAAAACACAUACUCCCAACAUCACUUAGACUAUCUUCUCCAGCACAACAAGGGGAGGAGGACGCACAAGUGCAGGCGCGUCCAUGCGUGCCAACCGGCAGACGAACAAGACAUUAAAGCGGGCAAAGGACCACAAAUAAAUUGGAAUAAGACUGAACUCUUUGGAAAAGCGCACAGCUUUGCAAAAAACCAAACAAACAACCAACAAAAAAAAAAAAAAAAAAAAAGACAGUCUAGAUGAGUGAAUGGUAAGAAGAGUCAUGCAUCUCAACGGAGGAGCAGAUAACAGCAAAGGCUCAGUGUCUCUCAGUGUAUUCCUGGUGUCUGUUGCAUUCAUAGUAUGUGCCAUUUGGCUGGUAGCUCUGUGUGGCGUCUGCACCUGGUGCCAACGUAAAUUGGGGAAGAGGAAUAAGCCCGGGAUGGAGGCUGCCAGCUCUCCAGAUUCAGUGAGAGGUCGAGGGGAAAAUAAAGCCAUCAACGAUCUAGACAGAGACUUUUGGAAUAACAAUGACAGCAGCAAUGUCCAACAGAGGUGGAGCUCCUACCCACCCAAGGAGUUCCUCUUAAACAUGUCUCCCUAUGCACCCUACGGAGACCCCCGCCUCACGCCCAACUUUGGGGACGCUUCCCUUUCAUCAGCUUCCACCCUGGAGCACAUCCCGUCCUCGGCUGUGGCGCGCCCUCGGCCCCUGGUCCGGCAGCAGAGCCUCCAACAGCCCCUCACUCACCAGCCUCCUCCGGGUCCCAACGACCCCCCAGUCACCUCGCAGAGUCUGGGCCAGUUGCACACAGGCCCAGGCGGGGGGGGCCACCGUGGGGGCCCGCGGGGGGUCCGGGGGAGUCCGGCUGGAGCCUCCCGGUACAGAGGAACAGGGGCAGGCCGAUCAAGGUCAAAUCCAGGCAGCUGGGACCACAUGGUGGAGCAAAUCCGAACCCGAGGUCUGGAUGUUAAGUCGUUCCUUGAGGGGAAGAUGGUUGUUCUGUCUCUAGCAAUCGGGCUGGCUGAACAGGAUGACUUUGCCAACCUCCCAGAUCUACAAGAAGCGCCAGCGAGCAAAGAAAAUGAAACCACACCAGAGAAAAGAACUCCAGGUAACAAACCAGGCAGCAGCCCCAGAGGUCAGACUCCAGACGAGACCGGACGCCGCCACGGGCAGGGCCACGAAGCCAACUCUUCUGUUUCUGACUUGGCCAACUCGGUCACCAGUGACAUGCUCAUGCUGUCACCAGGUUCAGAGGAAGAAGAACAUGAGGGUCCAGUGUGUGAAAAGCUGGGUCGUAUUCAGUUCAGUGUUGGAUACAGUUUUCAAGACUCCACCCUCACUGUGAAAAUUCUCAAAGGCCAAGAUUUGCCAGCUAAGGACUUUUCUGGCACCUCUGACCCAUUUGUCAAACUGUACCUGCUGCCAGACAAGAAGCACAAACUGGAGACAAAAGUGAAGCGGAAGAAUCUAAACCCCCACUGGAACGAGACCUUCCUGUUCGAAGGGUUCCCCUAUGAGAAGGUGGUUCAGAGGACCCUGUACCUCCAGGUUCUUGACUACGAUCGCUUCAGCAGGAACGACCCAAUAGGAGAGGUGUCCAUCCCACUCAACAAGCUGGACCUAGCCAACAUGCAGACUUUCUGGAAGGAGCUGAAACCAUGUAGCGAUGGCAGUGGAAGUCGAGGGGAUCUGUUGGUGUCUCUGUGUUACAACCCCACAGCCAACACCAUCACUGUGAGCAUCAUCAAAGCCCGCAACCUCAAAGCCAUGGACAUUGGAGGCACUUCUGACCCCUACGUAAAAGUGUGGUUGAUGCACAAGGACAAGCGUGUGGAGAAGAAGAAGACGGUGGUAAUGAAGCGCUGUCUGAACCCUGUUUUCAACGAGUCCUUCCCCUUUGACGUGCCUGCCCACGUGCUGAGGGAGACCACCAUAAUUAUCACCGUCAUGGACAAGGACAGACUCAGCCGCAAUGAUGUCAUUGGGAAGAUUUAUCUUUCAUGGAAGAGUGGCCCUGCAGAGGUAAAACACUGGAAAGACAUGAUGGGUCAUCCUCGCACUGCCGUGGCCCAGUGGCAUGCUCUUAAGGCCUGAAGGACCCAGCAGCCAACCUGCCUACAUUGUUUUCCCCUCGAGAAUCCCCCGGCCCCGCCCUGCCCCUGCCCUCGGCACAUAUCCCCUACUACCUAAAUGCACUGUUGGGCUUCAGACCAUCUAUCAUCUCUUUGUUCUCAGGCCUCUUUGAUAUUCCUCGCCCUCAGUUCUCAUGACACCUUCCUUAAAUUUCACCCCUGUCAAGAUCUGAUUCCCGCCUGACCCCGUCUCAUCCGUUUGUCUGAACUUAAAAAUGUCUUUGAUGUCAUAUGCUCUCCUUGUUCCAUCUUUCUUUUUUUCUCAUUUUUUUUCUUCCACCUCUUCCACCAUGUUUCCCUAAUGCUUUACAUCAGAGCAGUACCUCUUAACACCCGUAAUUACAAACUACCAACCAAAAAUGGAUCAAACAGGCAUUCCAACCAUCCGCUGUGGCAGCAAGAUGGGCAGUGUUCAGACACGCAUGAGUGUGAACGGCACUGACCUGCGCAAUCCAUUUAUCACCUACUUUUGGUAUUGUGGUGAGGAGUCUCCCGCUCUGCUCCUUGUUUUUUUGUUUGUUUGUGUGUUUGUUUGAUUGUUUGCUUGAUUGUUUGAAUCCUUCUGUGUUUCUGUCUCUCUUCCUACAUUCCUUUAAAAUGCCUAAAAAAAAAAAAAUCGGGAAAAGCGGCACAGGCAACAGAAGAGCGAUGGGCUGUAUUUAAAAUGGACAGGAACUGGACUCUGUCACUCAUCAUGUUUUUCACUCUUCACUCCUCCUCCUCCUGCUACCACUGUAAUAAUUCUCCCUUGGCUGGAACCCUUUGUCGUCUGUGCGUGCUGUGGGUGAUGUGCUGUAACCCCAAAUGAAGAUUGUCAAGAAAAAAAUAAGAAAAAAAGGAUAUGAACAUGAACAUUUAGCACUGGUCUAAAAGGGGCAAGUGUCAAACUGCUUUCCUAUUUUCUUUAACUCCCGAUGGACAGAAAAAAAGAGUAAAGUGAUUAAUGUUGUGUUUUAUUUAUUUAUUUAAUGAGUUUUGUUUCGAAAGAACUUAGAGAAUCAACCUGUUCUUCCAGAAAAUAAGCAAAAAGCAGCUUCCAUGAGUGCGGAAGUGUGGGGAUAAUGUGUGUGUGUGCGUGGGUGCGUGCGUGCGAGUGUGUGUGUGUGUGUGUGUGAGUGUGAGGGAGGAAAUAUUUUAGAUUUGCACGGCUGAACUAAAAAUAUUGUCGAAAACCAAACUGCCCUUGGUGACAGUGACAAAAAUUGAGAUUAGCUGGACAUGUGGGUGGAGGUCACUGAAGUUAAACAGUCAGUCUGGUCAAAAUGCAGACCUGCAUACACAACUUUCUAACACGCCCUUUAGUGGUCUCAGGAAAGACAGCUAGUUUCAGUUUCACAUGUAAAAGAUUUCAGCUCAGAAAAUCAGACUAACUGCCGAAAAUAUAUAACAGAGGAUUUCAUUGUCAAACAAUUUACCGCUUUGAAUUUUAACGUUGUUAUGUUUUGGUAAAUGGACAUAGUCCAGAAACCUCUAUGUAAAUGGUUUCCUUUGAGAGCAGAAAACAAUCUGUGCAAAUUGUUGACGACAUAUAGACAUGGUAAAGCAAAGGUCACCCUUUCUCAGUUCUGAAGUUUUACAUACCAGCACAUAAUAAAAAGUUAUUGAAAUGUGGUAAAUACAACCUGAGAUGCACAACAACACAUUAGUUUAACUGAAACUAAGCCAAAAUGAAGAAGCAGCGUGUAGAAAGCUUGUAGAAUCGCCUUUAGCAGCAAUAAUUUGAGGUUAAGAGCUGGAAUUUGACUGGGCCUUUGCAACACCUUAAUUCUUUGCUUUUCUACAGUGUUGUAGAUUUGCUGCUGUGCUUGCAAUAUUAUUUCAGCCAGGCUUUAGUUGUCAAACAAAUGGCCUCACAUUUGACUCUAGAAUAGUUUGGUAAAUAACUGCAAGUUCUCCAGGUCCUGUGGCUGCAAGCCCAAAUCAUCACCCCUCCACCACCGUGCUUGACAGUUGGUGUUUGUGCUGAUCUGCUGUGUUUGGGUUUCUUCAAAUGUGGUGCUUUGACCAAACAUCUUUACUUUAGUAUCAUCUGUAAAAGACAUUGUUCCAAAAGUGGUUGUGGUUUGUUCAGCUGGAUCGUUGCAAACCUAAGCUGUCUUUCUCUGUGCAACCUUUCCAAACAAGCCCAAUGACAGUCUUCUUGUAAUUGAACUGUCAUUAACUAAAUUUUAACAUUUAACAUGCUAACUUAUGCCGGUAGAAUCUGAGAUGCAACAGUUGCUUCUGUAAGAUCACUGAUUGUGUCUUUCCUCUUUGGCUUUGUGUUAGCACACACCUGAGUGCUACAGACUAACAAACUGCUUUUAUAGAGCGGGUGACUAUUGGGUCCUGACUGCUUAACCUCUUAAAUUCAAUGGAAACAGUGAGGUGUACAUAGUUUUUCACACAUUUCGGCAUUUUGGCUUAAUGUUUCUUGAAUUAAAAAAUGACACUGUGUGGCAUGUUUUAUACUUCAUGUGAGGUUGUAUUUACCUCAUUUUAAGACCUGCUAGGACAGAUUAUGUUUUUUAUGUCUUGAUAUUUAAACCUUUUUGUUUUUUAACAUGACUACGUUUUCCGAGUUUAUAAGAAAAUAUUGAGUCCUAAAACUAGAAUUUCACUUUUUUCCAUCACAUUUCACUGCUGUGGUACCGCAGCAGCCAAACGUUAAUGCAUGGCUUGAUAACACUAGUGAUAGAUUGGCAAAGCAUUUUUUGAGAUCUUAUAUCCUCUUUCUAUCUUUUUACUGCUGUUUUUUUAACCAUCUCCAAGAUCUCAUGGUGAUAAAGUGCCCAAUCCUACACCAUGGCAUUGCACCAAUAUGCAAUACCAGCAAGUUUCACCAAGUCCAGUACAUCAGUGGCAGUGGCCAGAAACUACAAGAAGAAUAUUUCUUACAGUAUUAACUUAAAACUGGCUGUUUUGGUGCGAUGCCACUUUGUGCGCUCAAGAAAUCUCAGAUUGUAUGUGCAGGCUCCGCCUGGGCAAACUGCUCUGGGCAGCCAUGAGUAAUAGUCAGUAGUAGUCAAAAGAAAGCAGACCUUGAGGGGGGUUUUUUUUUAAUGUAUUUAUGUAGUUGAGAUUUGUGUUUUCAAGGUUGACCAUGAACCUUUAGACUUAUUUUUUUGGGAUGAACUGACAAUUUCUGAAUACAUGCAGUAAAAUAUGAGAAGAAAUCACAUGAACAUUAAAUCAGUCAGCCAGUCAAAACACAUUAUCCCUAUAAUGUUAUAAGGAUAUAGCCUAUGUUACAUUGUGUCGAUCAACUUCAUUUAGUCACAAAACACAUCUGAAUACACACACAAAACUUACAAAAAAUCAAAAGUUUAUAAACUAUUACAAGAUUACAAAUUACAAAUAUGCCCAAAAUACAAAAUAAGACUGCAGCCACCAGUUACAGACGAAGUCAAGAGAUUAAGAGCCCAGGAAUAUCAUGGACUACAAGUAGGUCUUUAAUCUAGACUUAAAGACAGCAGCAUUUGGAGCAUUUGUAACGGACACGGGAAGUUGGUUCCACAAUUGUGGAGCUGCAGCUGAGAAAGCCCUGUCACCUUUCUGUUUGAAAUGAGAACUGGGAAUGUAAAGUCAGAGUUUGUCUUUAUUUAGUUAUUUUUUUUUAAACAUCUUUGCUGCCUGAAUGCGACCUCCCUCAAGUCCUGUACAGACACGAGCUGUUGGGAUGAAUGGAAACAAAUGAGAGUAAUAACACCUGGGGUUGGGAAAAGUCUUUUUACAUUCCACCGUUUGUUUUUUGUCUACUGGAUGUAUGUGCGUGUGUUUACACUGUGGUUGAAUGUCAGUAUUUGAACUUAUGUUUGUGUGAUUGUAUUUACUGUGAGUCCCUGUGUGUAUAUCUGCACUAAGUUCUAUUUUGCCAGUUUAAUACUGAACAGCAUUCUUUGCUGUUUUUAUUCUGUAUGAAUCCAGAUGUACAGAGAAGUAUGUUCUUUUCUUCUUUUUUUAAGUUGUCACUUCUUGGAGAAUCACUGCACUUGUUGACGAUGAUGCUGGAACAAACCUCUCUUCACAGCAGGCUUAUUUUCCUCAUGUUUGGAGGACAUUUAGAUCUCUUAUACAUGAGCGGAGAGUGAAGGUCACAAGAAAAAAGCUUUACAACAACCCUAGAUAAAAGUUGCUCCAUUUGACCGCCAUACACCAGAUUUUCAGUUUAAACAAAAGCAGCUGAAGACAUUUUUCCUCUAUGCCCUAUCUCACCUCUCUAAGUGGACCAAUCUAAUUCACCAAGGCCAAAAAACGAAGGGUUGCUCCUUCACGUCACAGCUGAUGCUCCCUCAAAACACCCCCAUUGUGCACACAUGCUUUCUGGCACAAAGUAUUCUGUGUGUGCCUUAUGAACCCCGUCACGCCUUGCUCUUCACCAUAUGCGCUCCCUCUCCAAGUGUCAGGAAGGGAGGAGGGGGAAAAAAGGUGAGACAGGAGAUAAUCAUCACCUCUUUGCUUCACCGUUAGCUACAUCUCAGGUCAGAGCAGAGCCUUGGAGCAUCCCAAAAUAACCACCUCUCAUAAUCAUCUGUCUGUCCUGAUGUACUGCCCUGCUGACAAAGCAUUACAUUCCAAAGGCUUAGUGAAAGUCAAUCAAUGCAAUUUAAAUAUUGGUUAAAGAUCAGUCAGGGUUUGAUACAUUUUUUUAAGAAAUCGAGCUAAAAUUGUCUUUCUACACUCGUCACUGGCCAAAUACCACACACUGGUAAAGUUUACUGGACAAGCUCGCAUUUCUGUUUUAGGGCAUUCUCUUUAGGGACUGCUUGAGACAAAGAGAGGUUAACCAGCAACAUUUUAAUUUAUAUACUGACUGUAUAAAAUGAUUGUGAAAAUGUUCUGUAUGGAGAAAAAAAGAGAAAAAGAACCAUCAUUACUAAUGGGGUUGUAGAUAUCUAUCCUUGAUAUCACAAACCUGCCUGUUUCACUCCCUUUCUCUUUGUAGUUACACAUCCGUGGGGUGCACAAUGUUAAAUAUUGACCAUUUAUUUUUUUGAAAUCUGUACAGUGUAUAUAAUGAUAUAAAUGUGUAUAUAAAACAAAGAUACUUCUGG